GUACGCAGUGUACCCAAAGAUCCUUGAGUGUACCACACUUGACAGCCGUAAACUUCAAACAUUUUGUUAUUGUUUACAUUUAAAAAUGCAUGGGACAUGAGAUUACAUUACAGCAAUUAUUAUGUAUUAUUGAAAAUGGUUCGCUAUUGCGGCGUCAAGUACUGUAACAACAGCUCAAGUAACUUCCCGGGGAUGAGAUUUUUUAGUGUACCUUUGGUGAAAAUGCGUCAAGGAGAGCGGGACAGAGAUCUUUCGUGGCGUCGACGAUUAGCGUGGAUUUCUGCCUUAGAGCGGACUGAAGAAACUACAACCAAAGAAGCAAAAGUCUUUGUCUGUGAGGAGCAUUUUGUAAAAAAGCCAGCAUAUUUUCGAAAUUUAAACGAUGUGGACUGGGCUCCUACUCUGAAGCUGGGAAAAAUAGCAGACUUGGAAGAAGGUCGUCAAGAGACGGGUAUUGUGAAAAAAACCAAACGCAAACGAGCAGCUAAUGCAAAAGAAGCAACAUCAUGUGUACCUGUGAUAGGUGAGAAAGUUAUUAGGAUUGUGGAGGAAUCGAGUAGUGCAUCUGAUGAAAGAACUGUGGAGAAUUCAAAUGAAACUGAUUCGGUCUGUUGUGUCCAUUGUGGAAAUAACCCUUUUGUGCUCCUUCAGCCAGACGGCAUAAGUUCCUGCCAAAUCAAAAAAGAGUCCGAAGACGUACCCUCGCAUACCGACACUGAUUUGUUGAGAAAACAAAACUCUAUGCUUAAAACUCAAGUGAAACAUCUUACUGAAGCUUUGCUCUAUUGCAAAAAUUCUGGAAAAGUUAAUGUGAUUUCGAUUAAAAAGGUUUUAUGAGACAAUUAUUAAUGGUUGCAGAGCACUGCACUUUAUUUCAUCUGUACUAAAUUAUUGAAGGAAUGAAGAUGAUAAAAUUAGGCAACAGAUUGUGCAUUUUUAUAAUUACAAUCUAAAACAUUCUAAAAAGCAGAUGUUCCUGUAAAAAAUACAAUGAAAUAAUUUUAACGGAAAUUUCAAUUUAUUUUCAAUAGUUCCAUGAUAGUGACAAUUUACUUUUAAAACUGAUCACAAUAUAUAUUUUUAAUCAAGUCAACAAUGUGUUCUGGUGUGUUUAAAUGUGUGUGGUGGGUGCCCUCAACUUCGUAAUAUUCCAUUUUCUUG